AUGGCAAGGUAUGAUGAAGCUGAAAUAUAUUAUAAAGCUGUCUUGGCUGCUGGAUACACCAGUGAGGACUGCCCAACCUUGGAUACGUCAUUCUUUAACCUUGGAAAAGCAUUCUAUAAAUUGGGAGAUUAUCAUAAAGCUCAAUCGUGCUACAAAAGUGUUUUAGCUGCUGGGUGCAAUGGUGAAGAUUUGCAUUCUUUUUGUACGGCAUUCUUCGACCUUGGUAAGAGAUUCUGUAAUCUGAUACAAUAUAAUGAAGCCAGAAUGUGUUUUGAAAGUGUAUUAAAGGUUUAUAGAGCUUUGAAUGAAAACGAUAAGCGUAUUUGCCUCACACUCCUAAACCUUGCAUAUAGUCUCAAGGUCUUGGGGAGCUACGAGGCAGCAGUCCCAUACUAUGAAGAACUUCUUUCCAUUGCAAAGAUCCUAUUUGGUAGGAAAAGUCCAAUAGUUGCCGAUCUGUACAUCUUGCUUGGCGAAACCUUAGAGAAACUAGGAAGACACGACGAGGUACGGAAAUGUUCCAAGAAAAGAAAAGCUAUUUUGUCAUUGUCAGGGAGAAUUCGCAGACUGCUGUCCUCCGAGCAACCGCAUAGUACCUUCAAUGACAUAGAGACGGGAAUGAUGGUCCUGAAGACGAGGACCAGCGUUCACUAA